GUAAAUGUAAGCAUCAUUCAGGGAAGGUACUGACUGCGUAGCUUGCAUGUAGACAAUAUUUGCAAUUCAUUCAUUUGCAGUCAUGGCAAUGAUCAAUCCAGAUUAUUAUUUUUCUGAGCUAUUCCCUGUAUAGGCCUUCUGUUUUUUUUUAAAUCCAUGUCAGAUUCUCCUAUCAAGUUGUGAUGUUGACUAGGGGUGAAAAGCAAUCAUCAGAUCAAUCAUUGAAUGAAUCUAGUUUACUCCUUUUGCAAAAAAGUUAUUUGUUUGCCACGUGGUCCAGUGUGUUGAGAGAGUUUUUAUCUAUAACAGUUGGAAGGGACUAUUCCAAUUUAUUUGUCCUACUUUUCUUUGGCUGAGGCUGAAAGUAAGCAUCUUGUGGACAUGUUCUAAUUCUGCGUCGUCCUCUCAGAUUUUAUCGCCACAUUAUGUUUGAACUUUGAGGGGAACAAAAAGAUAUCUUGUUCUAUCUUCUCCCCCGUUGUCCUGUAGCAUUAUGACCUCCCAUAAUUUGUCAGGCACAAAGAGUUUUUCCCGAAAUCUUAGGAUAGCUUUUCACCUGAAGGUAACAGCAUUCUGCUAUUAUUUACACACAAAGCAGUUAAUCAAAUGCUGAACUGAUGUGAGUCAAUCAGGUUUUCAUGUUAGUUGGCUUGCCCAGUUGAUAUUAGUUGAACACCAGUUUGAUGUUGAUCGAAUAAGAACGUUCUGUUUACCCUAUAUUUAGUUUUGACUGUCUGAUUUUCAUGUGUGAGUUUAGUAAUUGCGUGUACCAAAUCUUCAAGGACAUAUAGGGAGUUGGUCCUGUGUUGGGCUACUAGAUUGUUGGCAAAUGAAAGUUUAAAGUGUUGUUUCUGUUGUGACUUGGGGCUUCUCUUUUUGAAUACACAUUGGUAUGUUUUCUCCUGACUUAGCAAUUCAACAUGAGAAACUAUAGCAAUAGAGGCUUUAAAAUUGGAAGUUUGAAUUCCACUCUGUAAUCAAAUGUUAUUUACUGCAUGUAGAGGAGCACAAAAACAAUAAGAUAUCAUGCUUUAGGUGUGAAUAUGCUAUGUUACUGUACAGUUAAAGGUGCUUCCUGCUAACUUUUUGAGAUAUGUUUGGAUUUGUUUGUUGGGAAGAUAGUCCUUAUGCCAUGAAACAGGGCAAUGUUUUUUUUUAUGCUUUGAGAUGUCGAAAUGAUAAAACUAAUACAGAAAGUGGUUCAAAUUUGAACUCCUAAUGGUUUAUUCACAUUUAUUUUACCUAAACUGCCGUACAUCUUAUCAAGAGAUACAAGCCUACAACCCACGAGAAUCCGCAUAUAUACAAGUCACUCUCCAAAAUGUGGAUAGCUUUUGCACACCGUGGCAACCAAAUCACCUACGCAUGCAAGAUGCUAACCUUUGCUAUCAAGAGCUCCCACAAGUUAUAUGUGCAUUCUGAAGCUUGCUCCAACCAGUAUCAACUUCACAUUGCCACUUUCACUCGUUCAUUCAUAUAAAUGGAUUAUUCUAAUUUGCGGCGACAAGCUGCAUCCAUGAAAAGGGGCCUCUUUGAUCAGGGUUACCUUGAUGAGCAAUUUCGUCAGGUGGAAGAUUUGCAGGAUGAAGCUAGUCCUAAUUUUGUGGAAGAAGUUGUUGUGUUAUUUUUUAAAGACUCGGCCAAGCUAAUGUCAAACCUUGAGCAAGCUCUGGAGAAGUACCCCAGAGAUUUCAACAGGUGGGAUGCAUACAUGCAGCAGUUAAAAGGCAGCUGUUCCAGUAUCGGUGCUUCUAGGAUGAAGAUCGAAUGCCUGUCAUUUAGGGAUAACUGUGGGCAAGGAAAUGUUGAAGGUUGCAUGGGGUCUCUCCAGAAAUUGAAGAGGGAGCAUGCUCUCCUGAGGCAGAAACUAGAAUCCUAUUUCCAGCUGCUACGGCAAGCUGGUCCUGCUGGAGCGGCCACUAGGCCUGUCAUGUAAGCGAACCGACUUUUCGCAUUCGCAAGCACACUAAUUAUGGAGGUACUCUGGAAAUAGGGUUCCCAGCCUCUACAACAAUGCUGGUCCUGCUGGAGUAACUAGGCCAGCAUACAAAGGUCCAGUCCGUCGCCCGGAACCCUGUGCUUCUACAACAAAUCAACAAUAGAUAGCACCCCUAGAUAUUGUGCUCACAUAUAUGAUAAAAAGUAAUAAGAGGUGUGAGAGUCCUGCUGAGCGGCAAGUAAAUACGAGAAUGAAACAUGAGAUCAUUUUUCUUGUUUCUAAAAGAUCCAGCGUACUGAGCUCUUCUGCAAAUCAUGUCCUCUGUUUUGGAUGUACCGUGUUUAUUGGUGGUCAGAAAUGCCAUGUCAUACUCAUAGUCAUGGGGGAACAGCUAUAUUAUAUGUUUGCAUGGCU